AGAAACCCGACAUGUCUGGUACUGGUGUCAUUGUCUGCAAGGCAGCCGUGGCCUAUGCCGCUGGGCAACCGCUUGUGGUGGAGGACAUUCAGGUCGAGCCCCCAAGGGCAGGAGAAGUGAGAGUCAAGCUUGUGGCUUGCGCUCUCUGCCAUACCGACGCCUACACGCUCUCCGGGUCUGAUCCCGAGGGAUUGUUCCCCUCAAUCUUGGGCCACGAGGGUGGCGGUAUUGUCGAAUCUGUGGGAGAAGGAGUUACGAGCGUUGUUCCUGGGGACCAUGUGAUUCCUCUUUACACCCCUGAGUGCAAGGAUUGCAUGUUCUGCAAGUCUCCCAAGACGAAUCUUUGUGUCAAGAUUCGGUCUACUCAGGGCAAGGGUCUCAUGCCGGACGAGACCACGAGGUACAAGAACAUGAAGGGGGAGCCGCUCUUUCACUUCAUGGGUUGCUCCUGCUUCAGCCAGUACAUUGUUUGUGCUGAGAUUUCUGUCGCCAAGAUCAACCCCAAGGCUGAUCUCAGCAUCGCAUGCCUGCUGGGCUGCGGUGUCACCACUGGUAUCGGUGCAGCACUGAACACUGCUGGAGUGGAGCAGGGCUCCUCCUGCGCCGUGUUUGGACUCGGAGCAGUGGGUCUGGCAGUUAUCUACGGUUGCAAGAUGGCAGGCGCGAAGAAGAUCUUUGCCGUCGACAUCAACCCGGCAAAGUUUGAGAUCGCCAAGAAGUUUGGAGCAACCGAUUGUAUCAAUCCCAAGGACUAUCCUGACAAGCCCAUCCAGCAAGUCAUCACUGGACUGUCCGAGAGUGGCUUUGGCAUCGACUACACAUUCGAAGCUAUCGGGCGUGUAGAAACCAUGCGAUCUGCCCUUGAAUGUGCUCACCGCGGAUGGGGCAAGAGCGUCAUCAUCGGAGUUGCUGGGUCUGGCCAGGAGAUCUCUACUCGCCCCUUCCAGCUCGUUACGGGACGUCAGUGGCUCGGCACAGCCUUCGGAGGAUACAAGUCGAGGUCGAGCGUUCCUCAGCUGGUGGAUCAGUACAUGGAGGGCAAGAUCCCUCUCGAGGACUUCGUGACGGACAGGAUGAAGUUGGAGGACAUCAACAAGGCGUUCGAGAAGCUCCACGAGGGGUCCUGCCUUCGUUGCGUCAUCGAUAUGCAGUGAGUUUCGCAGGAUACCGUCGGUCGUCUUGCAGUCGUUGGACUCGACGCCAAGGGAAUAGUAAUAAAACUCCAUCAUGUC